AUGGAAGUAAUUAAUGUCAAACCAAAAAGAGAAGUUCUUCCCACACAAGCUCUUGUUGCUGCUCAUUCUAAAUCUCUUUUGCCUUUUUCUUUCAUACGACGCUUGUUUCAUAUACAGGGGUCCACUUAA